AUGGGUGCCUUCACACAACACGUUCUUUCAGAGGGUUGGAGCUUUAAGGACAGCGGUGAUCAGUCCCCAGAUGCCUGGUUGUCGGUUCCCACUGUUCCUUCUGUCGUCCAUCAAGACUUACAGGCAAAUGGCAAAUUAGAUGAUCCGUUCAUUGGCCUCAACGAAUUGAGUGCAAGAUGGGUCAACGAGAAGUCAUGGACCUACCGAAACGUCUUCCAGAAGCCAACCGUUCCUGCUGGAUCUUCAAUCUUUUUAGUCUUUGACGGACUGGAUACUUUCGCCAAGGUCAAACUCGAUGGCCAGGUCAUUCUAGAGAGCGAUAACAUGUUUCUUGCUCACCGGGUGGAUAUCACAAAAGCCCUAGAUGUGGAAGGCGAGCAUACACUCGAGAUUGAUUUCGAUUGUGCCUUACUUCGUGCUCGAGAACUUCGAAAGCAGCACCCAGAUCAUAAAUGGGUUGGUUUCAAUGGAGACACUGCGAGAUUGAGCGUCAGAAAAGCUCAGUAUCAUUGGGGUUGGGACUGGGGGCCAGUCCUGAUGACAGCAGGCAUUUGGAAAGAAGUGCGACUUGAAGUUUAUUCCGCGAAAAUUUCAGAUCUCUGGACAGAGGUGCACCUAGCCGAGGACCACUCCAAGGCUCGCAUUACCGCUGCCGCAGAGGUUGAGACCCAAGGGACCGGCAACUCGUACAAAGCUACUUUUACGUUGAGCCUUCAAGGGCAGCAGAUCGGCAAAGAGGUAGCUACUCUGGACGGCAAUGUCGCUAAGACGACGUUCGAUGUUCAAGAACCGUCGCUUUGGUGGCCGAAUGGAUACGGAGACCAAACUUUAUAUGAGAUCUCGGUGUCUCUGGAAAAGGAAGAAGAACAAGCCCAUCAGGUCUCGAAAAAGUUUGGCAUUCGGACUGCGGAGGUCAUCCAGCGGCCGGACAAGCAUGGAAAAUCCUUCUUCUUCCGCAUUAACGGUGUUGAUAUUUUCUGCGGCGGUGCAUGUUGGAUUCCCGCUGAUAGUCUUCUGACCAAUAUCACACCCGAUCGUUAUCGCAAAUGGAUCGAGUUAAUGGCUGUCGGCCAUCAGGUGAUGAUUCGUGUUUGGGGUGGCGGCAUCUACGAGGAUGAGAGCUUCUACCAGGCCUGUGAUGAGGUCGGUGUAAUGGUAUGGCAAGAUUUUAUGUUCGGCUGCGGUAACUAUCCGACGUGGCCUGAGAUUCUUGAGUCGAUCGAAAAAGAGGCCGAAUAUAACCUGCGGAGAUUGCGCCACCACCCUUCCAUCGUUAUCUGGGUUGGAAACAACGAGGACUAUCAGGUACAGGAGCAGCAAGGGCUCACUUACAAUUAUGCAGACAAGGAUCCGGAGAGUUGGCUCAAGACGGAUUUCCCGGCCCGCUAUAUCUACGAGCAUCUUCUACCAAAGGCCGUCCAAAAAAUAAUUCCAUCGGCAUAUUACCAUCCUGGCAGCCCGUGGGGCGAUGGCAAAAUCACUUCUGACCCGACCGUAGGGGAUAUGCAUCAGUGGAAUGUAUGGCACGGUACACAGGAGAAAUACCAAAUCUUCGAUACUCUUGGCGGCCGCUUUAACAGCGAGUUCGGAAUGGAAGCGUUCCCUCACAUGUCCACCAUCGACCACUUCGUCACAAAUGAAGCCGACAAAUACCCCCAGUCACACGUCCUGGAUUUCCACAAUAAGGCAGACGGUCACGAGCGGAGGAUUGCCACGUACCUCGUUGAGAAUCUACGAACGGCAACAGACUUAGAAGUCAUCGUCCAAGCAGAAACGAUGAUGUUUGGUUACCGCGGAUGGCGCCGCCAGUGGGGAGAUGAGAGACAUUGUGGAGGUGCACUGCUCUGGCAAUUGAACGACUGCUGGCCAACCAUCUCCUGGGCCAUUGUAGACUACUUUCUGCGCCCCAAACCUGCGUUCUAUGCCGUCAGCCGUGUUUUGAAGCCGCUUGCCAUUGGUGUGCGCCGGGAGCACCACGAUUGGAGUGUCUCCCACGCACAACCGCCUAAGACUAGCAAGUACGAGCUAUGGGUCGUCAGCAGUCUGCUGAAGGAGGUGAUCGGAAAGGUCGAACUUAGGUUUAUAUCCAUCAAGACUGGUCUUGCUAUUCACGAGUCUAUCGUCCGCGAGAAUGUCACCAUUGUACCCAAUGGCACUACUAACAUCUUGGACGGAGUCAUCGAUCACGCAGUCGACGAGCCGCAUGUCCUUGCUGCCAGACUCUGGGUGGAUGGCGAGCUUGUGGCUAGAGAUGUUGAUUGGCCGCAGCCGUUCAAGUACCUUGAUCUCUCUGACCGAGGACUAGAGAUUACGAGGAUUUCCAAGACCGAAAGCGAGCAGGUACUUGAAUUGAGCGCCAGGAAGCCAGUCAAAUGCUUGGUCUUUGAGGAACGAGACAAUGUCCGAGUCAGCGACAGUGCUAUUGACAUCGUGCCGGGCGAUGAGCAGUUUGUUACUAUUAAGGGCUUAAAGCGUAGUGAUGCGCCGCUGAAGUACAAAUUCCUUGGACAGUAG